AUGAACCCCUCCGAGAUCCUCCAACCAGCUAGUGUCGAGGACAUCCAACAAGUCGUCAAAGCCGCUGCCAAAAUGGGCAAGCCCCUCGCCAUCAGAUCAGGUGGUCAUCAAUACAGCGGUGCAUCGUCAACUGGCUCCCAGGGUAUCCAGCUAGACUCGAAGCCUACCUUCCGCCGCCACAACAUUGAUCUUAACAUCCUGAGGGAAAAUGGCAAGGUGUACCUCCGGUCUAGUGUUAGCUGGCAACUCACCGAGAUCUUUGACUUUCUCAAAGAUAACGGCGUGUUCAUGCCGACUGGCCAGUGCUCUACUGUCUGUCUUGGUGGACACGUUCAGACCGGCGGUUACGGCAUGCUUGCGCGAUCAUUCGGUCUUCUGGGAGAUUGGAAGGGAGAAGAUCCCAAGUUUCCUCGUGGCUACGACUUUACUGUCAAUAUUGUUAGCAGGCAGGCUAAUCUUCUGGAUCUUUUUCCCGGUUCUGAGGACGAGCUGAAGCAGAAACUGCCGGAUAGUGUUCAUGAUGGAAAGGACAACAUUGCCGAUCUUCUCAAGUUCAAGUACGCAAUGAUUAUCGUUUACGCACAAUGGGUCAAUCUCAAUGAAGAACCAUAUUCACCCGAGCUCUUUACCCAGAUCAAGAACGUUCCCAAUGAGUUCAAGAUUGUCAAAGAGGCUCCUGAAGGCACCCCGAUGUCUGUCAUCGCCUCCAUGUGGCUAUUCGGCAGCCCUCGCGAGUUUCCCUACCCCUACGACAAGCGCACCAACAGCACCAAUUCAACCGACCUCUCCAAAACAGGUUGGUCAUCUUGGUUCGCCGGCCGUAUCAACGAGGUCAUCAAAGACAAGCACAAUGGUCUCUGGGUCUCAUCCCAACUCCAAGUCUACGGCGGCGAACAAUCCAUGUUUCGCCGAAAUGCAGGCAAUGGUACGGCGUACUGCUUCCGAGAUGCUACCUUUGGAGGAACUUGGGAUGUGUUCUAUCAGGGUACAAAGGAAGCAGCUGAGAAGUGGCAGGCGGUUAAUGAUGAAGGGAGAGCGAAGUACUUUAGCAAGGCGGAUCGACGGGUUCUCUGGGGUUCGUAUGGUGGGUGA